AUGCCAUCCACACACGGCCGCAAACUCGAGAAGGGGAGAGAAAGAGAGACGGCGACUCGCCGCCGACGCUGCCCUGGAUUCGAUACGGUGGCGGCGAGUAUAUUCUCCCACUCCGUCCGAUCUGUCGUGCACCGAUUGCUGUCCAGCAAACAUAUCCUGAACGCACAAGUCGCCAUCCGAGCGCCAUGCUGCAAGGAGUGGUAUGACUGUGCAGAAUGCCAUGCCGAGGCACAAGAUCACCGUCUGAGGAAGACGACAGAGAUGGUGUUCAUGUGCAAGAAAUGCAAGAAGGCCUUUCGCAAAGAUAUGUCGACGUAUGAGGAUAGCGACGAGUACUGCCCGCACUGCGACAACCACUACGUCCUCGAGGCGAAGACACCAAAACCAAUGCUCAGCGUAGAAGGCGAGGACAUCAGAGUGGAUGCUCGUAUGAUCAAGGACGAGCGGGCAAAACAGAAUCCCUCACGCACAAUCUUCAUGCAAGAUUUCACAGACAAGCUCGGAUAG